CUCUGCGUAUAAAAGGUGGCCAAAGCAGACGCACUGCGCCAAAAGUAGCUCAUCCGCUGAACCCAACGAAGACAUGUUGCCAACCUCAGUAAAUUUUGUGGUAUUGCUCGCAGUGGUGCUGAUUGCCUUGGCAGAGGGUGUCAUCCAACCACUGCCACCCCAUGUGGGUCUGCCCACCCAGGAUGGCUUGACCCGCCUGUUCUUCAACUCUCGGGUGACACGUCGCGAUCCGAGAACUUCUGUGGCCUGCUUUGAGGGCUAUAUUGGUGAAUCGAAUCUGAUUGCCGAGCAGUAUAGUGGCGCCUACGGCGGUUGUCUGCACGAGGCGCAGAAUUCCCGUCAUGGCAUCGACAAAGAUUUCCUACCGAUGCGUCAUCGGAUCGAGAAGUCGGCUCAGGCCGUUUGUGAUUCGCUGAGGAUCUGCAGCCAGGUGAAUGUCACCCUGGACUCGUUCAAUUGCCAUGCCGCAGCGGGCUCGAACAACACAGUUGCUACGUACGGCAUCUCGGGAAAUGCUUCGGAGUCGGCGACACUGUUGCAGGAACGCUAUCGCCUGAUUGAUUUACAUCACGAGCAGUGCAUGACUAAGGCGGAGCGCAGCUAUGUGGAGUCUACGGCCAAAAACUAUAACUAUCUGCAAGCCUGCCUCGAUGGACGCAUUAAACCGAAACCGAUACCCAGCACCACUACCUCAACAACCACCACAACAACAACUACGACAGAGGCACCGACCACAAGCACUACAACAACCACAACGACAACGACGCCGGAGCCAACGGAGACAACGGAGGGUGUAGAUAAUCUGGAGGAUCAGUUUAAGCAGCUUUUAAACUUGUUAAACUAAUAUCGCGGCGCAUCAGAAAUGUAUUUCAAUUCUAAACAUUCCAUAUUUAUUGAGAGUAUUCGUCUCUAUCUACACUAAAGUGCAAGAAAAAAGUUAAAUUUUCAUAGCUAAUAUCAA